GCCUGGGGACUCGGGAGCCCGCCGCCUGGGCCACAGCAUGGGGCGCUUCCGCGGGGGCCUGCGGUGCAUCAAGUACCUGCUGCUCGGCUUCAACCUGCUGUUCUGGCUGGCCGGGUCAGCCGUCAUUGCUUUUGGACUAUGGUUUCGAUUUGGAGGCACCAUAAAGGAUUUGUCGUCGGAGGACAAGUCCCCAGAGUAUUUCUACAUGGGGCUCUAUGUGCUGGUUGGAGCUGGGGCCCUGAUGAUGGCCGUGGGGUUCUUUGGGUGCUGUGGAGCCAUGCGGGAGUCACAGUGUGUGCUCGGAUCAUUUUUUACCUGCCUACUGGUGAUAUUCGCUGCUGAAGUAACCACUGGAGUAUUUGCUUUUAUAGGCAAGGGUGUAGCUAUACGACACGUACAGACCAUGUACGAAGAGGCUUACAAUGAUUACCUUAAAGACAGGGGAAAGGGAAAUGGGACUCUUGUUACCUUCCACUCAGCAUUUCAGUGCUGUGGAAAAGAAAGCCCUGAACAGGUCCAACCCACGUGCCCAAAGGAACUUCUAGGCCACAAGAAUUGCAUUGAUGAAAUUGAGACCAUAAUCAGUGUUAAGCUCCAGCUCAUCGGAAUUGUCGGUAUUGGAAUUGCAGGUCUCACGAUCUUUGGCAUGAUAUUCAGUAUGGUCCUUUGCUGUGCAAUACGAAACUCACGAGAUGUGAUUUGAAGCUACUUCAUCAUGAAAAUUGCAAUCUAGAGUUUUCAUACUAAAUGUCACAGGAGCUGUCUCUCAGCUCAUUUUUAAUGUUAAGAGGACAUUAGAAUCUAAAAUAAUUUACUGUUGAUUGUACAUUUGCACAUGUAUGUACGUCUGGCUCAUUACUGGUUUGCCCCUUGAGUGAAUGGUAUGUUGACUGGGAACAUAGUCACAUGUGAGCCGUGUGUUUCUGGUAUAUACAUUAUAGAAAUCUGUUGGCUGGGA